AUGAUCCCGGAAAAAAUAAAUGCCAAACAGUGUAGCGAUCAUCGCACUAUCAAUAUGAUGAAUCAUGUACUGAAAAAUUUUCUAAGAAUACUGCACUUAAGAAAUUACAACAAAAUAGAAGUACAACUAAGUAAAACACAAUUUGGUUUCAGAAACAACCUUGGAACCAGAGAAGCAUUUUUCAGUUUGCAGGUCAUGGUUCAAAGAUGUAGGGGCUUAGUUGAAGAUACAGGCAUUAAAAUCAACGAAAUUAAUGUCAACGAUCUCAGAUAUGCAGAGGACACGGUACUUAUUGCAUCCAAUGAAGAAGACCUGCAACGACUUAUAAACAGGAUAACCGAAGCAUGUGAUGAAUAUGGGCUAAAAUUUAAUACUUCUAAGACAAAACUUCUGAUGCCCUGGCAUUGUUGUGUACCUGGUAGCAAAACCAAUUAUGCCAGUACUUUAAAAACGAAACAACAGAAAGUACGUUUUUGUUUUCCAAAGAUCCCCAAAGAAGUUAUCCUGGGUUAUGCUCUAUUCAUAGAGAAGGCUAUACAAUUACCAAAUCUUCCGUUAAAGAAGGAAUCCCGAAGACAGAAGAAACUUUUUGCAUUAGAAGAGGGAAUAAGAGAUAACAGAAUACUUAGACAAUCAUUUUUAAGAGACUUAGACAAUAAUAUCCCAUUGAAAAACUGGACAAGUAAAAUUACAAGUGACUGUAUAUAUUUCUAUGUAUUAAACAUUAAUCAGUUGGGACACGAGUGUGAUAAUAUUUGUGUAAUAAGUAGUGUAAUAGUUAGCAGUAAUUUUAGUGUAAUCGUCAAUGUAGGUAAGAAUGGAUUUAGUAGUAAUGAUUUGAAAUGGAUUUUAAAAUAUAGUAAAUUAACAAGAUGGUCACAAUUAGAAAACUUACUUUCUCGAUUAAGAUCUGCUUUUUAG